AUGAUGUUCCCGCAAAGCAGGCGUUCGGGCUCGUCGCCCCUCCCCCAGCAACUCAAAUUCACUACUUCGGACUCCUGCGACCGCAUCAAAGAUGAGUUUGAACUGCUGCAGGCUCAGUACCACAGCCUGAAACUCGAAUGUGACAAGCUGGCCAGCGAGACGUCAGAAAUGCAGCGUCAUUACGUGAUGCACUACGAGAUGUCCUAUGGCUUGAACGUCGAGAUGCACAGGCAGGCUGAAAUCGUCAAGGGGCUACAUGGGAUGUGUCUUGGGAGCCAUCAGACGGCUAAGCAGGGCACUGCUCCUGAGCGGAACUCCGUCAUCCGACAGCAGCUCCAAGCCCACCAGCUGCCUCGGCUGCAGGCUCUGGCCCUGCCCGUGACCCCCUGCCUGUGGGGCUGCGGCCUCCUUCUCUGCCUGCGGUCAGCGCGGGCACCGGCCUCCUCUCUCUGUCGGCGCUGGGCUCCCAGGCCCACCUCUCCAAGGAAGACAAACAUGGGCAUGACGGUUACACCCCCCAGGAGGACGACGGCGAGAAGUCGGAUUAG